CCGACAGGGGGCUGCGUAACCCAUCAGAAGUGAGAAGUGAUUUCUGUUCAGGCUUCUGCAGGGGCAGCUAAGCAGGACCCACAGCUCAUGUGUGGUUCAUUCCAGUUGCUUUCGCUGGCAGCAGCACAGCAGACUUGCCUCUGUGCGGCUGGGAGCUGGAGCCGAGCCUGUUCUGUGCAUGAAAACACUCUGCAAACAUGGCUGGUAAGAUACAGAGUCUGACCGAAGAGGAGAGGACCCACCUACUCCCUCUGCUACGCAACGCUCAGUGGGUGGAGGUUGUGGGGCGGGACGCCAUUUACAAAGAGUUUGUUUUCAAAGACUUCAAUCAGGCUUUUGGUUUCAUGUCCAGAGUGGCUCUACAAGCGGAGAAGAUGGACCAUCAUCCUGAGUGGUUCAAUGUCUAUAAUAAGGUCCAGAUCACUCUCAGCACACAUGACUGCGGAAGCUUGUCCCAGCGUGACAUCACAUUGGCCACCUUCAUUGACCAAGCAUCUCUGAUGUGACCAACAUGUUCUCGGUCAUUUCGACAGUGAAAACUGAAGCAGUGGAAGUCAGAGAUCUUUAUAUUCAUUCCACUCUCUGAAAAUGUGCCCUGCAAAACCCAAAGAAAAUGAACCAGUUACUUUCAGUUAAUUGUGAAUAAUGUCGCCGUCUGUAAAGGGUCCGUUGUGUUUUGAAAAUAUGCUGUUGUUGGUUUUGCACAUGGUGAAUUUGAGAUUAUUACCCAAAGGAAAUGGUAAAAUCAUGUUUACACAUUAAAGACUAAAGGCUUCAAGUAA